AUGAGUGCCGGGGAGGCCGAGCGCUACGACCGCCAGCUCCGCAUCUGGGGCGACGCCGGCCAGUCCCGCCUGCAAAGGGCCUCCGUGCUGCUCCUGGGGGCCUCCCCAACAGCCUGCGAGGUCCUCAGGCACCUCGUGCUGCCUGGAGUGGGUCAUUUCGUGUUGAUAGAUGGUCUUGAGGUGCAGCAGCAGGACUUGAGCGAGAACUUCUUGGUGGGGCCCCACACCCUGGGGGCCCCCCGCUGCAGCGCGGCAGCUGCGGGCGCUGCUGCGCUGAAUCCCGAGGUCGGCAGCAGCAGCAACAGCAGCAGCAACAACAGCAGCAGCAGCAACAGCAGCAGCAGCAGCAGCAGCGGGGAGGCGGUGCCGCUUCUGUGCAUCGGCGCUCUGGGGUUUUUCGGACAGCUGGAGGCCAGGGGAGAAGCCAGUUUUGCAGACUUCAGAAUUUCAAAUCCAUUUUAUUCUCUUUUGCAAUUUGCUGCUGCCUUCGACUUGGAAGCCCUCGAUGACAAGCAGCACGCGCAUGUCCCCUUCGUCGUCAUCCUCAUACAGGCGCUUUGCCGGUACCGGGGAGUGACCCCGGCGGCCGCAGCAGCAGCAGCAGCAGCAGCAGCAGCAGCAGCAGCAGCAGACGCGGUGGACCUGAGCCCCGGGCCUGCAGCGAGGCAGCAGCUGGAGAAAAUAAUAAUUGAAAUGCGGAGAAGUGAAGAAGAAGAAAACUUCCAAGAGGCCCUCAGCAACCUCCACAGGGCCCUGCAGCCCGCAAGGCCCAGCGACGAAGUGUUCGAAAUGGCGAAGAGCCAGGUGGGCCAAAACGCCUCCAACUUCUGGACUCUGUCUUAUUGUUUGAAGCAGUUUUUUGAAGAGCAAAAAGCGCUGCCAGUGUGCCGGCUGACGGCGGACUUCGCGGCGGACACGAAGAGCUAUUUGGAGUUGCAAAAAAUUUAUAAUGAAAAGGCGGAGCGCGACGAGCGCCGCCUCCGCGAGCUCCUCGGCCAGCUGGACGUACACCCCAGCGCCAAACUCAACGUUUCGCAAGAAGAAAUUAAAUGUUUUUGCAAAAACGCCGCAAACUUGAAAGUCACCCAAUACCCGAAAAUAACCGGCGCUUUCCUCGGAUCCACCUCCGUGGAGCUGCUGGCCGCGGCCGCGCGCGAAAUGCAGCAGGCUGUUCCCGAGGAACUGAAACUCAGUCCAAAUGCAGACCCCGACUUGUUUGCAGAUCCAAACUUUUCAGUUUACGAAGAAAACGGAUUCCUUCAUUUGCCCUGGUACGCCGCAGCCCUCGCCUGCCGCGCAGCAGCAGCGAAGCUCGGACGCUUCCCCGGAUCCCACCCCAAGCCCAGCGCAGCAGCAGCAACAGCAGCAACAGGUGAGGCAGCAGCAGCAGCAACUGGGGGUGCAGCAGCAGCGCGCAGCGUGGAGGAAGCUAUAAAGCAGCAGCAAGAGCUGGUGGAAAAGGACUCUGCCGCAGUGCUGCUGGAGUUGGAGGAAAUGGAAAAGGCCGUUGGCUGCCGUUUGUUCGCAGCAGCAAAAGUGGUGCAGCAGCUGGUGAGCUACAGGGGCAGCGAGUUCCCCGCAACAGCAGCACUAGUUGGAGCUGUUGCUGCUCAAGAAGCAAUUAAACUUUUGAACAAAAAGUUCGAACCCAUCAACAACACUUUCCUCUGGAACGGAGUCCAGAGGCGCGGCCUCACAAUGCAGCUUUAA